UUUAUAUUAUAUAGUACGUGAUUUAGUAGUUUUGCAAGUAAAACUAAUCGAUAUCAGGCAUGCCUCAUUUCAUUACCUAUUUUCUUCUUUUUUCUACUUUUGCCAUUUCUUGCUCUUGCUUCAACCCCAAGAACCUCAACGUCUCCAAAUCCCAAUUGGAUUCCGACUGGUCCCUUGCCGGCGCCACAUGGUAUGGAAACUCCAAUGGUGCCGGAAGUGAUGGCGGAGCUUGUGGAUACACAAGUAGUGUAGAGCAGCCACCAUUCUCUUCCUUAGUAACAGCUGGUGGUCCUUCUCUUUUCAAAUCUGGCAAAGGAUGUGGAGCUUGUUAUGAGGUAAAGUGCACUGAAAAUGCAGCAUGCUCGGGAAAUCCGGUGACCGUGGUUAUAACCGAUGAGUGUCCGGGAUGUGUAUCAGAAUCAACUCAUUUUGAUAUGAGUGGCACUUCUUUUGGUGCCAUGGCAGUUUCCGGCAAAGCCAACCAGCUCCGUGAUGACGGAGUGCUUAACAUUCAAUAUAGAAGAGUUGAAUGCAAGUAUCCAGGAGUAUCACUGACGUUUCACGUGGAUUCUGGUUCCAACCCCAACUAUUUUGCAACUCUGAUCGAAUACGAAGGAGGCGAAGGAGUGGUGAGUAGCGCAGAGCUGAAGCAAGCUUUGGACUCGGAUUCAUGGCUUCCCAUGCAAGAGUCUUGGGGUGCAGUGUGGAAGCUUGACGACGCCUUUGGACUAAAAGCACCAUUCUCCCUCAAACUCACCGACGACUCCGGCAAGACUCUCGUCGCCAACAACGUCAUUCCCGCCGGUUGGCAGCCCGGAAACACCUAUCGAUCUGCUGUCGGUAAUUUUGUUUGAUUAUAUAUAUACUUAUUAAAUAAAAAUGAUUAUGUAGUAUUGUCAUUAGCUUGGCGAUGGAAUAAUUUUUUUUUUAAAAAAAAUUAAAUCUGAUGUAUCCACUAUAUCGCCAUGUACUCCGUCUGUAUGACUGUAUCAUGUACUCCUUAUAAGCCCACUUCGUACACUAUAUAUAUGGUGUCGAUUUCUGAGGCUGAUAGAUUAAACUAUAUUGUUUGU